UCCCACAUGAUAAACGAUCCUCUUCCCAAAAGUCAAAUCCCAUCCCUCUGCCUGCCUGCUUUGACAACACCCAUUGUUUUCAUCAUCAAUAAACUAGUAAUUAGUUUGGAGAAGGAGCAGCUUCUUGCGCACACAUGGCUGCUACAUAGAGAUUGGGGCUACACCAGUAUAAAAACCUCAUCGCCUCGUUGGGCAGAGCAGGAGUGCAAGACCAAGAAAGAAAGUGAAUUAUUAGUACUAUUACUAUAUAGUGCUUGGUGAGGAAGAAGAGGGAUGAUGGAGGUGGUGGCGGAGCCGGCGUGGGAUCAGUUCAAGGAGGAGGUGGAGAUCAUGGAGGAGGAGGGAGGCAGCGAUGCUGCCGCAGGGGAGCUGCUGACCAGGGAGAUCAAGAAGAGGCUGCUGGAGCAUGCUGCCCAUGAUAACGGAAAUGGGAAUAAUGGCCAUAUCAAUGGAGAAGAAGCAGAGGCUGCUGAGGAAGAGGAGCAGCACAAGAGUAUCUCCUUCGAUCCAGCCAAAGUUCCUCAUAUCAUUACUGAAGUAAGCGCCAGAUACCUGGUCACGGAAGCGGCACGAUCAGGCCCUGAAGAGGAGGAGACAAAUGAGACUCCGAGCCCUAAAGGCAAAGAGAUUGAAACACAUGAAAAUGGCAGCGCUCAAGAAGCUAAUGGAUCACACACAAAUGGUUCACACCAAGUCUCUAACAGCAACGAACCUGAGAUUGCAGACAUGAUGCUUCGGAUCGACAAAACUGAAAUUUUCCCAGAUGAAGUUAAAAAGGAAGAACAUGUCACCAAGGCUCAACUGGAAGAAAAAGGAUCACAAUCGAAUGGCUCACACCAGCUCUCCACCGGUGCCGAGCCUGAGAUACCAUACAUGUUUAGAAUCGACAAAACUGAGAUUUUCCCAGAUGAAGUUGACAAGGUCGAACAUAAAACAGAGGCCCAACCCGAAGAAAACGGAUCGCACUCCAGCAGUUCACACCAGGUCCCCAAUGGCGCCGAACCUGAGAUAACACACAUGUUUCAAAUCAACAAAACUGAAAAUUUUCCAACUGAAGUUGCCAAGAACGAACAUGUAACCGAGGUUCAGCCUGAGAUCGAAGAGUACGAUCUCGAGAAGAUUCUGGAUCAGCAAGAAACUCAUGACCUGUACUGCCCCAAUUGCAAGUCGUGCAUAACCCGGAGGGUGAUCCUGAGAAAAAGGAAAAGGAGAGCGAGACCAACGACACCCACUGAGCAACCAAAAAGACUGCAUACUCAAGAAGCGCCUUUGGCUCCUACACCUGAAAGUGGUGGGCAAGAAGCACCCGACGUGUUCAGAUGUUUGUCAUGCUUCUCUUACUUCAUUCCAACAGGAUGUAGUUUCAACAUAUUUCGAAUAUUUGGAAGGAGGGACCAACAAGUUGAUGUUCUGCCUCCUCCUGAAUCAGAGGACAUGCAUCCAUCUCAGAAUUGCACAAGUUGGCUUCUGUCUUGUUUCCAGCCAGGAGAUAGCCCAAACCAAGCUGUUGCACAUUCACUACAGACUCCACAGUUACAUGAUGCAGCGACUUCCGGUGAACAUCGUGCAGAUUCGCUACAGACUCCACUGUUACAUGAUGCAGCGACUUCCGGUGAACAUCGUGCAGAUUCGCUACAGACUCCACAGUUACAAGGUGCAGCGAAUUCUGGUGAUACGGCCACCACAACAACUGCAACUAGCACAUCAUAUGUGCAUACUCAUGACAAAGUUGUAAAACCCGAGCAGUCGACAGAUGAAUUAUCUUCUUCAACACAUCAAACUACCACUACUAUAAUCACCACUACAACCACAUUAGAAACAGCUACCAUGUCAUCUACGACCACAUCGGCAGCAGCUAGCACAUCAUCUCACAUGUCGUCUGCUGUAGGAAUCAUUCACACCGACGAAAUGGAAGUGUUAACCGGUAAAAUGCCUCCCCUAAAGCCUGCUGGCGAUGCUAUUUUGGGUGGAAAUUACCUACUUGGCCAAGAAGAUGUUCAAGGAGCUGCCACAGAAGCCUUCUGGAAUGGUUCAUUUUCCACCCCUGCAAUUGACACACCAGGAGUGAAGGUUGAUAGCCCGAAUGUGACGAAUAUUGCACCAGGUAUCAUCCCAAGGGGCGACAUACUGACUUCGCCGAAUCCUCGAGCAGCAGAUCCACCUCAUGUAGCAGUACCAGUCUUGGAAGAUGUGAAUCCAGCUGCUCCUAGACCACAACAGAGGGAUGACUGGGAUAUACUGAAAGCUAUCGUGUAUGGAGGUUUGGUCGAAUCCAUCACCAGCCUGUCUGUUGUCUCAGCAGCAGCAUCAAGCGGUGCCAAAACAUUGGACAUAUUCAUCUUGGGAAUAGCCAAUCUUAUCGGAGGACUUCCUCUCAUUUUCCACAAUAUUGCCGACCUGAGAGACAUCCAAGACGUGGACGGAAACGACGAACGGAUUGGCCACUACUGGGUGAACCUCGGAAGGCGGUCGAAAGCCCAGCUGCACAUGGUCAUGGCCUUGCUAUCAUACAUCGUCUUCGGGCUGCUCCCACCGGUCCUCUACGGGCUGUCGUUCCGCGAGAGCAACGACCGGGAGAACAAGAUGAUGGUGGUCGCCGCCGCGUCCCUGGCAUGCAUUGCCCUGCUAGCGCUCGGGAAGGCGCAUGUCAAGAGCAGACCUAGCACUUACUUCAAGACACUCAUGUACUACCUGACGAUCGCCGUGAGCUGCUCCGGUCUAUCGUACGUCGCUGGCGUGCUGAUCACGAGGAUUCUGGUGAGUUAUGGCGUCAUUGAUGAAGGUGCAUCAGGUGCUCCUCCUGCUCCUCCAGGUCUGUCGCUGUUCCCUCAUGCAGUGGGUGCAAAAACAUCUUCCUGGGCCUCGUUCUGAAGUUUAAAGCUCCUGUGAGCAAUGGUGCAGAGAGAGUAGACAUGGAUUAUACGUUCAAGAGAAAUUCCCUAGGGAAACAUGAGAGUUUUGAUUGAGUUGCUAGCUGUCGUUUUGUUGUAAUUUUGGAGUACCAUUAAGUUUUGAUGCUUUUCCGACUAUCUUCGUCACUGAACUAUGUCCCUUCUGUCAGUUACUUUUAAGCAGGAAUAGCAACCAGUUCAGUCGUGCUCUCUUUCUC